UCAUUUCUUUUAUAUCUUCUUCAAUCUUCACCGCAAAAUAUAGCCUUCCUUUGCUGUCGUUGUAUAUCUUCAUCUUCUUCACCACAUUAUACUCAUCUCUUUGCUUGAUUAGCUUAGCCAUGAAGACAAUGAAAAAUCAAGAGGUUAUGGGUUUAGACAUGGCGAAAUGUCUGAUGCUCCUCUCUUGUAGAUUAGAGACCAAGUUCAAAAAGUGUUCAUCGUCGCCAAACGAUGUGUACGAGUGCAAAACCUGCAACCGCCAAUUCUCAUCGUUCCAAGCUCUUGGUGGCCACAGAGCGAGUCACAAGAAGCCGAGAACGUUACCGGGCAGCGAUCAGGACUCGAAAAGUGAGACCAAAUUGGCGCAAAGCAAGCCGAAAAAGCACGAGUGCUCCAUAUGCGGGAUGGAGUUCAGUUUGGGGCAAGCUUUGGGUGGUCAUAUGCGAAGGCACAGAAUGAUGAACGCCGGGUUUUCUUCUUCGGUUCCUUCUGCGGCUGUUGUUGCUUCGAAGAUUCCUGUGCUGAUGAGGUCGAAUAGUAAGAGGGUGAUGUGUUUGGAAUUGGACUUGAACUUGACGCCUUUGGAAAAUGACCUGAAGGUCUUGUUUGGAAACAUGGCUCCAAAAGUUUUUUCAUUUGUAUAUCUUCAUUCUGCAUAUUAUUUAUUUGCUCCAUCUGCUUAUAUAGCCAUGAAGAGAACUAGAGAAGAGGUUGUUGGUGUAGACAUGGAUAAAGUUCUUAUGCUACUAUCAUGUAGGUUAGAAACCAAGUUCAAAAGAUAUUCAUCUACCCCAAAUGAUGUGUUCGAGUGCAAAACUUGCAAUCGUCAAUUCCCAUCGUUCCAAGCUCUUGGUGGCCACAGAGCAAGCCACAAAAAGCCAAGAACGUUAAUGGGCAGUGAUCAAGACCCGAAAAGUGAGAACAAAAUGGCACAAAGCAAGCCGAAAAAGCACGAGUGCUCCAUAUGUGGGCGUGAGUUUAGUUCGGGACAAGCUUUGGGGGGUCAUAUGAGAAGGCAUAGAACGGUGAAUGCUCGGUUUUCUGCUACCAUUCCUGCUGGUGCGUCGGUUGAUGGUGCUUCAAAGAUGAAGAUUCCGAUGCUAAUGAGAUCGAAUAGUAAGAGGUUGAUGUGUUUGGACAUGGACCUGAACUUGACGCCUCUAGAGAAUGAAUUGAAGCUGUUGUUUGGGAAUAUGGCACCAAAAAUUGAUACUUUGAUUUCAUAAAUUGAUGUAAUUGUUACCAACUGAUCAUCCUUGUAUUCAUUCUUUUAUUUAUUUGUUGUAAAUUAUCAUUAGAUCAAUGUACUUCCCAUUUUUACUUU